AGGUCAUUCGCGCAAUCUGACCAAUUUCGCUAAAAGCUCUUGCUCUCCUCCCCGUCUUACCACAGCGCCGCCCAGCUCUCUUCCCUUACCGGCAGGCGACAGCCCGGCCGGCCGGACCACUCCCCACAGGUCUGGCCCUCUGCCUGUAACCGCGCCCCUCACCAUUCACCGACUCCAUUGACUCCAUCGUGGUUCUGACAUUUACGUGACUGAAUUCAUCAGUGGCUGAUUUAGCAACACGGGUUUACUUAGGUAUGGCUGAAAUCGAAGAAUUGGAGGCUCAAAACCCAGAAAUUGAUUCAAUUAAGGCUGCAAAGAAAGCUGUGAAAGACGAGGAGAGAGAAAGGAAGAGAAGAGAGAAAAGGAGGAAGAUUUUGAUGAAGGAAUCUGAAAAGGCGGAUAAAAGGGGUGUGUGUUAUUUGAGCAGGAUCCCCCCUAAAAUGGACCCUUUGAAGCUCCGUCAAACUCUGUCUCCUUAUGGUGAAAUUCUGCGCAUUUAUUUGGCUCCUGAAGAUCCUGAAGCACAAACGCGACGUAAACGGUCUGGAGGAUUUCGGGGUCAAGAAUUUAAAGAAGGGUGGGUUGAGUUUGCUGACAAACGCAUUGCAAAAAGGGUUGCAAAUAUGUUAAAUGGUGAAGAGAUUGGAGGAAAAAAGAGAUCAAAGUUCUACUAUGAUAUUUGGAACAUCAAGUAUUUAAGCAAGUUUAAGUGGGAUGAUCUUACAGAAGAGACUACAAUCAAGAAUGCGACUCGAGAGCAGAGACUGCGAAUGGAGUUAUCUAGCGCAAAUAAAGAACGAGACUUUUAUCUUUCUAAAGUGGACCAGUCUCGUGCUUUCAGUGAGAUAGAGAAACGUAUGGCCAAGAAACGAAAACUCGAAAAUGGUGUGGAUUCAGAAGGCCCAAAUGAGCAGCAAAAACCCAAAGUAAUACGCCCGUUCUCCCAGAAGAAACCUAUUGCAGAGAAAGCUGAAAAAGACAAGCCUAAGCUCUCUAAAGCUGUACUGGCUGAGAUCUUCAACAGCGGCAAUGGUGAAGCCUGAGCAUACUAACAGCCUCCAGGGAUGCAAGGUCAUGUCUUCCUUGAUUAAGAUCGAAUGUUUACAUGUAAAAAUGUGGUCGGUCGUACCUACUGGAUUUUCUUUGUGUAUGAGAGGGUACACAUGGAAGGAGGAAGAGUGAAUCCUCAAAAAAUUUCAGGUUCAAAAUUUUGAGUAGUGUAGUUUCUCUUUCUAGUCAGUUUAUUUCUUUUUACUUGUCGUUUUAACAGAGAAUAUAAGUUUUUCCAUUUGUAUUUCUAACAACAAUACAGAGAAUAUAAGUUCUGUAUCUAGGUUUAACUCAAGUUGUGACUGUUGGUAUUUAUAAUGCAAUACGGAUCCCUCAGUCCAGUUGUGAA